AUGAAUAACACCAGGUGGAACUCUCAAUAUCAUCUCAUCGAAAAGCUUAUGCAAGCCAUCGAAAUCUGCCCCUCACUCCAAGAAAAGUUGAACGCCUGCAAGAAGCACGGCAGUUUGUCCCAGAGUCAGAUUAAGAUGCUUAAAGAGCUUCUACUUCUUCUUGGACCAAUCAAACAAGCCACUGAUGCUUUCCAGAAAGCCAAUGAGACCAUCGGACUUGUCAUCCCCGCCUAUUUGGAUGUGUCAAAUAGAGUAACUCUAGAUCCGAAGCUCAAUCCAGAUUGCAGUUCCAUCACCUCGAAAGAAUGCAAGAAGGUUGCCGAAGCAUUGAAAACUUCUAUCGUCGAGUGGGCCACGUUGGACCCAAGAUUCAAAUCGAAGUGGAUUCAGUCAUCUGGUCUUGUCGAGAACGAUAUCUUGCAGUCCAUUAGAUCCGAACUGGAAUACCGAUACAAACAUUUGCGAGACUCCCAAGAAAUUCAAGAGGGCACAGCAGGUAGGGCAAUGAAUUCACCUCCGUCUAAGCGCCAAACCUUGACUCGGGCUCUAUUUUCAACGGUCAUCCAGAAAAGGGCUCAAUCUGCUAGCGCAUCAAAGGUCCUUGAUGAAUUUGAAUUCUACCUCUCAGAACCAGUGUACCAGUCAAGUGGUCCAGAUUCUCCUGACAAUGAUUGUACUUCUGACUUGCGCUUUAGUCCCUUGGGUUAUUGGAAAGUAAACGCCCAUCGAUUCCCGUUGUUGGGUUUGAUAGCAAGGGAGCUCUUCGGGGUGUCCGCUUCGGGAGGAGAGAUCCAACGGGUCUUUAGCACCGCCACGAACAUUGCAUCGGCUAAAAGAAAUCGCAUUAAGCCUCCUCUCUUCGCGAAAAUGCUUUUCAUAAAGCGAAACAUGAAACUUAUGAGUCCUGUGACUCCUGUCAAACACAAAUGA